AUGGCUCUUUUGAGACAAAAACUGCAAAGAAAUCUUCAGCUUCCCCUUCCAGAACUCCAGAUUUGCUCGUGCCCUUCCUUCCCUUGCUUCCCUAAGCCUUUAUCUCAUGUUACAAUUCAUCAAGGGCUAGUAGGUGACUUCUAUGACUUGGAAAAACUCUGCGUUCUUGGCCAUGGUAACCAGGGCAUUGUCUGCAAGGUACGCCACAGGCCAACUUCAGCCAUUUAUGCACUGAAAAUGGUUCAGGAGGAGGAGAAUAUCAUCACUAACUCUUGUGUAUCCCGUGAGUUGGAAAUCUUAGCUUGUACUAACUCUCCCUUUGUUGUUAAAUGCCAUGGAAUUUUUGAGCCUAGAGCAGGUGAGAAAGCAAUUCUCAUGGAGUAUAUGGAUGCUGGAACUCUUGAUACUCUUCUUAAAGCUAAUGGUCCUUUCCCUGAAACCUUACUUGCCCACAUUGCCCACCAAGCGCUAAAUGGCCUUAGCUACCUUCAUGCAUGCAAAAUUGUCCAUUUAGAUAUCAAGCCUUCAAAUCUUCUUGUCAAUAAGGACAUGAAAGUGAAAAUUGGUGACUUUGGAGUUAGCAGAAUUGUCCAUGGUAGUACGACGAGCUACGACAAUUUGGGAAGUCAGGGAACAUAUGCUUAUAUGAGUCCUGAAAGAUUAGACUCGGAAACAUUUGGGUCAUCGUCGGAGAAGGAUAUUUAUGCAGGAGAUGUGUGGAGCCUUGGAGUUACUUUGUGGGAGCUUUCUGUAGGGCAUUUCCCAUUUUUCACACCUGGGAAGAGGCCGAGUUGGAUGGAGGUUGCGAUGGUGAUAUGUUUUGGAGAAUUCCCUAGCUUGCCAAAACAGGCAUCCCACGAGUUUGGGAGCUUCCUCAAUUGUUGCCUGGAAAGGGCACCGAGUAAAAGGUGGACAGUUUCGCAACUCUUGUCCCACCCUUUUAUCUGCAUGGAAAGGGAACCUAAUAGGCUGCCCUCGUUUACUCAUUAA